CGUGAAAAAAGGUUUUCCGCUGCCUGUGUGUACGGUAAUUAAUUACCCGAAAAAACAAGUUUAUCAAACUCUGAUUAGAGAAAAAGAACCUUGAGCAGCUACACCCUGCUGUGUGAAGAACCGUCCGCAUUCUCUUUCCGGGGAUAGUGCUUGUAUCAAACAAUUGGAAGAAUCCCCAUCGUGGGGGGUGCAUAUUUCAUUAUUGUCCUUCUGCGACUGAAAUAGGAAAAAAGAAUAGUUGCUUCAUGCAUGAAUAAUACGUCCAAUUGUGGCUGCAGUUGUGAAUAGAAAGUGUACACAUUCGCAACGAAUUUUAACGAACAGUCACCACUUGUUUUCUUCAACAAAUGUCCAGCUUCCCAAAACCUUAAAUAACAACAAUGUAAACUACCGACCGGCGCUAUCUCUACGCAACGCAUCUGUGUAUGGUUGCUUUGUUAGGUGGUGGUCCAUGGUUUGGGACAGCGACGACGCCGUCUAGGUCAUCAGCGUUAUAGCUUCUCUGACGCCUUAUUUAACAUCUUCGUACGAAUUGCGACGGCGAACAGUGGCUGUAUUUGUGUCCCGCCCCCCUACGUUGUGAAUCAUUCCCGUGAGGAACGGACGCACUUGACGCCACUGUCACAAAUACGCACACGAUCCAACCACACGACACGACAGGCAUUAUCGACAUCGGGUAUCGCGCACCACAAGUCAGCCCGAUUUAAGUGCUUCCAGUAUGGAAAAACAGUCGGACUGGGCGAACAUCAGUAGUAGUAGCACACCGAUCGGGGAAGCAAGAACAAAGCAAAACGUCACUGCAUCAGCAGCCAGCAAGCAGGAAGGAGGCGUAACUGGUGCUGAUGCGAACAGCACAAAGCCAGAAAAGAACACUCAUCCCGACAGCACUUCCGGUAACGGUGGUGCUUCACCCGUCCAGCUGGUGGAACCCUCAGCGGUUGGUACCACCGACCCAACGGUGGCCCCAAAGUCCGAGGACAGCUUGAGCAUUAAAUCUUCCGACUCGGUAACGACGAGCGGCGAGUACGAGAUUGUCCCGGAAGCACCCUCUCCCGGGGAGGAUCUCGUCGACAGCGGUGUAACGCCACGUCCGAAGCAGCUGGCAAGCGAACCGAUACGCAAUACCGAACCUGAUGGCAAUGCUGGCAGUGAUAUUGGUGCCGAUUUAGCCGAAUGCAUUGCAGACGCCGGUGAGGCAGAAGGUAAGGAAGGAAAGGAGACGGCGAAGAAGCGUACGGAGGGGAAAAAGCUGUCGGCAAUCUCGCCCAUACUCAACAUCGAGGGAAACGGCAAUAUGAUGGAUCUGGAGAAGAACAUGAACGAGGUGAUACACGAGCUGGACGAGGAACGCACACUGAGCGGGGCCAGCGAACCGAGCUCGUCAAAUAAAGCGACACCUGUUCGGAGUCCCGAAAAGCGCAACACCGCUGAAUCAAACUCACAAACCCCCCAACAUGGUGCUGACGGUGGUGGUGGUGCGAAGAAACCGCCAGUUCCGACCACGCUGCGUCUCGGACUGCAAAGCAUGCGGGCAAAUUUCACGAUCGGCGGUGGAGAAGGUUCUACGGACACCACGCCAAACGCAUUGCUCUCGCCCGAGGGCAUCGGUCGUGGUGUGGGACAGUCCGUGUUCUACGAUUGUCUCGACAGCAGUCCACUGACGGAGAAGAAGGAUGAUAUGAAGCCGGUGGGCGGCUGUGGUGCUGCUGCUGCUGCUGGUGAAACCGAUGACGAACUGUCCGAUAUCGAUCAGGACUGUACGAUAUUCAGCGGUGUCACCUAUCUCGGCGCGUCCCGAAUCAAUGCGCCCAAGUCGGAGCGAGAAAUUUUGCAGAAAGUUACCGAAAUGAAUGGUGGCGGUGUUGGCGGUGUUGGUGGUAGCAGCACCGGCACGGGAUCCGACAGUCCGCUCGGAUUGAAGGUAUCCGUAAGCGUUCCCACCUGUUCCGAGGGGCUCGUUGUGUUGUACGAUUGUGAGUCGCAUGCGGUGGUAGCGACCUACGAGGUGCAGCGGAUACUGUUCUUUGCCCGCGGUCCGGUCGGUACCACCGAUCAGGCCUGUUUUGCCUUCACCUGGUCCCAUGGGGAAUCACAGGAAACGGCCGUCCAUCAGUGCCAUGUGUUUCGCUGCAACAUCCCGGAAGCGGUCACGCAAGUCAGCACAUGCUUCGCGAAAGCUUUCCAACGAGUGCUCCCACCCAGCAUACCGGCAAGCAUGACCACCUCACUGGCAGAAAGUGGCGUAAAUGUAAUGCUCGCCUCGGUCACAUCCGACACCGCCGGCAAUCCGAUCCAAUCGCCCAUGUUCGAGUUUGCGGUGUCGCUCGAAAUAAAGGAGAAGGAGCGCAACGGCACCUACGUCACGGUGCCACGCGACGUCAAGUCCAGCUUUCGAUUGCGGUGCAAAACGGAUAAAGAGUUGUGCAUUACCGUGCGCCAGUUACCGUCGGAUCGGUUUCCCUUCCUGCUGAUCGAACGAUGCUUCGGCGUGCUGCUCAGUCCGGGUCGGAUCGUACGGCAGGCCGAUAUGCAGCUGCUCGAUAUGGUCGACGCGAAGUACGUAAAGCCAGCGGACGUUAAUCCCUCGGCGCCCGGUACGGGCAACAGCAGCACCGGUGCUAACGCAGCCUGCAAUAGCAGCAACAGUAGCGUCACCGAUCCGGCAAACCCGUACCAGAUAAAAGCCGAAUGGAAAGCGAACGCCUUUGAAGCGCUUAAUAUGGAAACUCCCAAAAAAGCACUCACCGUAGCCGUCAAUCUAGUCAUCAACGGUAUCGAGGAACCGGUGCAGUUUGUAAUCGAAACGUCCGUUGCGAUUCUGUCCCAGAGCGAGCUGCGCAUCGUGUCGAACAUGUUCACGAACAAGCGACCAUUGCUGCUCCACUUCUAUCUGACGCUGCGUAAAAAUGGCAAAGGCACCUGGGAGGUGGACUCGAUUGACCAUUCGGAUGAGAUCGUGGAAGCGCAGGCAUCGUCCACUGCCUCGUCGUUGUCGUUGAACUUCAGCUUCAAAAGUUGGACCUUCCGCAACUCGGGCAGCGUACAGUCGAUGCAGGACUUUGACGAUCCCAGCCCAACCGACUAUACCUCGGACGGGGACGAACCGUUGCUGAGUGGAACGGGCGAAGUGUCGAGGAUCUGUACCACCGCCCAGCAGGACGAGUGGGAUGUCAUCCUAAAGGAGUGGUACCAGGAGGGAAGUGCACCGGAAAAGCGGCCGAAAAACUUACCCAACCUGGUCCGGAUGGGCAUACCGGAAAUGUUGCGCGGCAAGGUGUGGCAGCGUUUGGCUUGCGUAGAAAAUCGCAACGAAAUGUUCGAUUCCUAUCGGUUGCUCAUCACGAAGGAAAGCAGCUGCGAAACAAUCAUCCAGCGGGACAUAAACCGUACGUUUCCGGCGCACAAAUCGUUCAAGGAGAACGGUGGCACCGGACAGGAGAAUCUGUACAAGGUGUCGAAAGCGUACGCCGUGUACGAUACGGAGGUGGGAUACUGCCAGGGGUUAAGCUUCAUAGCGGCCAGCUUGCUGUUACAUAUGCCUGAAGAGGAAGCGUUCUGUGUGCUGGUGGCCCUGAUGUACAACUACGGUUUGCGGGACAUGUACAAAAUGGGGUUCGAGUCGCUUUACCUGCGCCUGUACCAGCUAAACCGGCUCAUGAAGGACCAGCUCCCCGAUCUGUACGAACAUUUCGUGCAGAUGGGUGUCGAGUCGCACAUGUUUGCCAGCCAGUGGUUUUUGACCCUCUUUACCGCCCGUUUCCCCCUCUACUUCGUGUUCUACAUCCUCGAUGUGUUUCUGCUCGAUGGCAUCCCGGUGCUGUUCCAGGUCGCCCUAACGCUACUGAGCGUUUGCCGCAAGGAUCUGCUCGAGCUGGAUUUCGAGGGCAUUUUGAAGUACUUCCGUGUGACGCUGCCGAAAAAAUGUCGCAGCGAAACGCAGGCCCAAAAGUUGAUGAAACUGUCGUUCGAGUGUAAGGUGAAGAAGCUGAAAAAGUACGAACUCGAGUAUCUGGCUAAAAAGGAAGAAACGGAACGGAAGGAACAGGAGCUGAAGCAGUACAAGCAGCGUUAUGGGGAGGAACGGGACAAGCUGCAGCAGGAAAUUGGUUUGCUGAAUGAGAAAAUUGAUUCGAUGGCACGCGAAGAUCGUAAAAACGUGGGUAUCAUACAGGACUACAAGCGGAUCAUUCAACGGCAGGAAGCAGAAAACGGAAAGCUACACACCAUGCUCGACGAUCUAACGAAAACAAUUUCAACGUGCAGCAAAUGUACAGCGAGCAUACCACAGUCGUCUCCGCUUCACAAAAGCUACGGAAAGAACUUUCAGCAGGCAAACACGGUGAACAAUAAUAACGAACAACAGAAUCAUCCGCUUGCGGAUCAACCGGACGGUGGAAGCUCGACCGGAACCGGUGGCGGCAAACAUGCUGGUGCUUCCGCUGUAAUAGGUGGUCUUGGACCGCUCGAUCCGUUGGUGAUUGCAUCGCAGCGAAUACGCGAACUGGAGCUAGAGCUGGCACAAACCAAACUGGCACAGGUUGAGGCAGAGUGUAAGAAUCAGGAUCUUCAUCACCAGCUAAACACAACCGUAACCGAGCUGCAAGCUACCAGAAGCAGCUGGCAACCGUGGCUGUCGAAGACGCUUAACUCAAUACAGGAGAAAGUGGUCACAAAGCGCGAUGUUAAUCCACCCGCUCCCACGUUCCACUCCUACGCGUCCACGGAUGGAAACAUAAAAAAUCACUCCAACACAUUGCCGCACGUACGGAACAAUAACAAUAAGGCAGCGCUAGCACAACGGCACAGUCUAGCGCAGGUGAAUUUUUCGGGCACGGACUGUACCACGGCUAGUGAUGCGGACGGUAACGGCGGUGAUCCGCAGGUGCUUGCCAGAGCAAAGUAUGACAGCAGCGUCAACAUACUGUACAAGGAUGCACGGUGCAAUAGCUUAAAGUAGAUGGACGGGUCCACAUAUUGACCAGGUUUGUGUACGAGUCCAAGCUUCCGGAAGCUAAAUGUGCGUUGCUACGUUUCUGUUUCUGAUAGUCCAAUUACACACAGCUCAGUGAUUCCCGCGGGUGGCUAGUCUCGUUUGCUGCUAAUGGGUACUAGAAAACCGGUAAAAACCAGCCAUUAUCAAUAUUCUUGUUGUUUUAGUGUAUUUUGUAGUAGAAGAUAUCUGUCAGCGGUGCAGAUAUGCGAUGGAACGAACCGAGCGGAUGGGGUAGACGAAGCGUAGCGAAAUGCACCGCGAUAUUACUGUUUUCAUUUUACAAAGCACAUGACAAAAAAACACGAGCAUGUUAGCAUGUUUCACUAUCCACAAUCUCUACCGAAAUCGUUAAAUUAUUUUCCCUUUUUCAUAUAAUAAUUUUAUAAACUGUAAGAAACAUUCCUUGUGAUAGGGGUUCUGAAAUUAAUAAUGUUCACGAACGUUACCAAAUAACUUAAGCCGCGCGCGUGUGCAAAGUGAAAUCACUUUAAACCGCGGAAAGCACCGUGAUUCACCACAACCAAAAGCAGAGUUGAACUAUUAUUUAACAUAAUUUCGAAAUUAAUGCUAAUAUGUAUUUUGAGCUGAAUUGCUGAAUAUUCGAAGCGUACGCAUUUACUUCGAGUAUAAGAGAGAUGUGGAUAGAUGGACAGGUUCGUGAUUGCUGAGGAUUAGAUUUUCGCCGUCUGAACUUGAUAAGAACAUUUAAGAAGAAGAAAAAACGUUUCCUUUUUUCGUUAAGUUUAUUUUCAAUACUUUCUCCAUUCAUUUGCGAUUGUUACAUGAAUUUCAUUCUUCGCACAACCAUGUAUUCGUAUAUGAUUUACGUUAUCAUCUAUGUUGUGUAGUGUUAGCAAAAAAAGAUACUUCCACGAAGCUUUUCAAUAUAGUUUUCUGCUUACGGAGCCUCCGAACUUGUUUUGGCUUAGGAGGAAAGGUUGAUUUUCACAAUUUUGCUUCUCCCCCACAUGGCACAAGAGAGAAUUUUGCAUAUCAUUGGUUAGCAAUGUUUCGGUCAAGCCCGUUAGUUGGGCAGUUACUAGUUCUGUUUGAUAUUUCUAAAAGAAAUCUCACACUUUCCGUCUCUGGCACACCCACACCCACCACCCCACAGCAUGGCUAGUUGUUCCGGCCGUUUUGCUUGCAGUUGUUCGAACUAAAAAGAAUUCGAACCUUGCAACGGCGCUAGUUUUGAUAGCGGCUACUUACUCUACACCUACAUCGGAAAAAAGCUUACUCAGCAAGGCAAACGAAGAAACGAUUUAGGAUCCCAUACGAUAGGAAAAGCAUAUUCACAUUCUCAACAUAUUUAUAAUUCCAAUAAAAGAACCACGCGGGAAAGCACCUCGUCAA